ACACAAGGCCUUUUCCCUGAAAGACUGACCAAAGAAAAACGGACAUAUCAUUACAUACUGUAGCUAUUGUGUUUCUCUGAUCUAUGCAACAUGUCAUACAGUAACAACUGUGGACAGAAAUGAGCUCAAACAGUCUUUCUGCUGUGUUAGAGAAGAAGAUUCACCGCCUGUGUCUGAAUGACUUUCCUUGUGGAUAUGGCACCUGGAGGAAGACCAAAGACGGUGCAGAGGGAGCAGAGACAGAGGAGACGGACGCCCUGCUGGAUCUGCUGAGCUGCCCUCACUCUCCAUGGCGGCACGAUGAAUCAUGGAGCCCUCAAGCUCCGGCCCUGAGACAGCUGGUUGUGCUCACACCUGAACGCCUGCACACAGACUUCAUUUACAAUUACUUUACUACACUUCGCAUCGUGGACAAGGGCGUAUCAGUCAUCGACGACGGCCUGUUAAAGUUCUCAAAGCUGGAGGAAUUGGUGCUGAGUGCUAACACAAUCUCAGAAAUCCCAGUAGAAAACCUUCCCAGCACUUUGAAGAUUUUGGAGCUACGUGCCAACCGGUUGUCUGCUCUCAACAGUUUCACUGACAGCCCGCCCUCUCGCCUGCAAUACCUCGGCCUUGGCUCAAACUGUCUGGGUUCCCAUGACGACAUCUGUUAUCUUACAGGAAGACACUGGCCACAGCUGGUAUGUCUGGACCUGAGUGACUGUGAGUUUCAGGACCAGCUGGCCCUGCUGAACACCUUGAGCACGCUCCCCUGCCUCAGGACGCUGGUGCUGGAGGGCAACCCCUUCACUCUUGCUCCCUCAUACCCGGGCUUCACUGUGGACAGCCUCCCACAGAUCUCCUGCCUGGACACCUCAUGGAUCUCCCCUGAGGACAGACAUGGUUUUAGGGGCUUGGCCAAGAAGAGUGAUGUGAUAGUGGACCGGGCAUCAGCCACAGUGAGUGUGGGCAGGAUGAGGGGAAUCCCAGACCCAUUGACGUGUGGGGAUGAAAACGCUCCUGACUUCCCUGUUAUCACCUACGGCUAUUUCAUCACAUACGACUUCCUUAGUUAUCAAAGUUUUAACCUGAGUUUCGACAGUGAAUCUAAAUGUGACGCAGCACAUGUAACAGAAGACUGCUUCAGUGAUGCUGACCUACAAUCAAACAGAAAUUGUGAAAAGGAAUCGUCCAAACCACACACACAAGACUCGAUGGUGCAUACUGAGGAAACCUGCCAUGAUACUGCGUAUGCGUCGAGACACAGCACAUCAAAGCUGACAUGGUCAAAGUGCAUGGACUUCAGUGACACACAGACGUACAUUGUUAGUGAUCUGGGAGGCUUAAAGAGAUUCUUCAAUCAAGGACUUUAUAUUACAAUAGAGGAGGAAAAGGUCCUGUCAUGGCCUGCAGCCUCUGAAGAUGUUCCGUCGGCUAAACCCAGCCGAACUGUGAAAGAGAAGAAAGGCGGGAAAGGGAAAGAAUCUCCAAUCAAAUCUGGUUCCACCAAAGACAAGUCUAAAGACAAAAAGAAGAAAUGUGUACCAGAGCUGUUCCAGGACGCCCCCACCAGAAGAACCCUUGGCUCUGUCCACGUCCCCCUGCAAAGCCUGGUCAGAGGAGGUCAAAAGGUCGACGUCCUCUGUGAACUUGGGGCUCUGCACAUUGAAACUGAGGAUCUGGGAAAGAAAAUCAAAGAAGACAAGAAGAUGGACAAGGAAUCAAAGCAGAGAGGAGGCAGUGGUACUAAACAGAAGAAUACAGCAGCUCCAAAAGGCAAAGGGAAGGGAAGGAAGGACGUCCACACAGACGACUCUGUGUCCGUCCAACUGGAACCGGUGACUGUGGAGUUGAGUGUGGAGCUGGAGAAAUGGCAGUCUGCAUCUGAAGCUCAUCAACUCCUGCUCCCACACCAAAACUCCUUAAGCAAACGGCCUGUUUUAGUCUUAAAGCAAGAUUAG